UGAGUGGAAGGAAAAAGCUUGUUUAAAAAAAAAAAGGUGCACAAGUAACAGGAAUAGCCCACAGCCUUAAGGGGAUUUUGAAGCAAAGCCCCAUCAGAAGUUUAGAAGGCUGGAGCCGGACCUUCAAAGCUCCUCACAAGCAGACUUAUUCAGUACAUGAGCCGAAAGUGUUGCAUUCGUGAUGUUAGGCUAUUUCUUAACCAGAGAUACCUCAAGUGUCUCAAUUGUGUUGAGAAGAAAAAUCACUGCUCUGUUGCCUAAUUGUCCAACGUCCAGAUUUCAGUUGAAAAUAAAUGUCAAUUAAAUUUGGAAAUUGAGUCAGGAAGAGCGGAGAGGCACAGGGUCCAAGUUUCUUGAAGUCCAGUGUAAGGUGUCCACAGUUGGGGUGUCUUGUCAUCUGCUGGCGUUGGCUAGUUGUGUUUUUAUCAACUAAAAAGUAAAUUAAACUCCAAAUCAAGUGCAUCAGAGAAUAAGCAGCAUGUUGAUGCUUUAUUGUGCCGGGAAAAAAAUUACGCCUUUUCCUUUUAAAUACUUUCGAUGAAAUGGUAAAAAUAAAUAAAUGAUAAUCUGAUUUAAGUUAGUAUUUGACCAACUGAUUAAAAAAAUAAAAUGUAUUUUAAUCUCAACUACUGGCUGAAAAAUUGUUGCCCAAACUGGCAGAAUUUCUUUUUUCAUCCUUAAAACUUUUAGCAAAUGUUAUUUAAUGGACGUUCUACAAAUACAUGAUGACCAUAAAAAGGGGGACACUAUUUAAUAUCGCACAGACUAUUUGACAUACAAUAGUCAUUGACUAAUAUAUUUCGAGCGAGAAUUGGGAUAGAAAUAUAGAUAUAUCCUUUAUUGUUGCAUAGUGGGGGGAUUCAGGAGUAACAGCAGCAAAGUUAAAGGCAAAGAGAAGCACGCGGAUACACACAAAGUUAAGAAGUAAGAGAACAAAAAUAAGAGUACAGUAGGGCAAAAAUACAACACAGGGAAAACAAAUACUGUACAUUUAUUAAGGAUAAUAUUUUCUGACUAAAGACAUGUCCAACUGUGUAGGGUGGUUUAAAAAAUGUUAAGUGUUCAUGUUCAUUUAGCAUAAAAAGCAAUAACAGAAUACUGAAAAGAAUGGAAAAAACUGCGACAAAGCAGCAGAGAAGCAGCUCUCCUGCAAAUAGGAAUGGGGGGAAAAAGCUGUUUAGUGAGACUGGGUCAUUCUUCUACAAGCGACGUCAGCGCACAGCACCAUGAACGUGGGCACGGCGCACAGCGAGGUGAACCCCAACACCCGGGUGAUGAACAGCAGGGGGAUCUGGCUGUCUUACAUCCUGGGCAUCGGCUUGCUUCACAUCAUCCUGCUCAGCAUCCCCUUCGUUAGCGUCCCCGUCGUCUGGACCCUCACCAACCUCAUCCACAACCUGUGCAUGUACCUCCUGCUUCACACGGUCAAAGGGACGCCCUUCGAGACUCCAGAUCAGGGCAAGGCUCGCCUCCUGACCCACUGGGAGCAGAUGGACUACGGCGUGCAGUUCACCGCGUCGCGCAAGUUCCUCACAAUCACGCCCAUUGUCCUGUACAUAUUAACCAGCUUCUACACCAAGUACGACAGAGGCCAUUUUGUGGUCAACACGGUGUCCCUGCUCACCGUGCUCAUUCCCAAACUGCCGCAGCUGCACGGCGUUCGUAUCUUUGGGAUUAACAAGUACUGACAGCCUGGAA